AUGGAAAAUGAAGUUGAAUAUUCAUUCAUUAGAUUAAGUCGAUAACAUAAAACGUUGAGGUAUUCAAUCAAAAAAUUCUUUUUGGAUCAUAGUGUUAGAAAUACUGAAGCAUUAUACAUUUUGUCUGUAUCACUUAUAAAAUGGAGUAGAUAAAAAGAAAGCGCCCACAUUGAUCUUGCUGAAGGAAAUAUUACUACCAAUAAGAAUCAAGGAGAUUUGAAGAUAUUUUAAUUGAUUAAAAGACAAAAAGAGACAAGCAAAUCUAACGAGCCAAUAAGACUUUGGAAAGAAGCAUCAAAAAAGAAUGUGAAAAUAUAAUGCCACAGCAAUUAUUAUCCUAAAAAUUGGAUUAUUACUACUAUAAAUUAUGCGGAAUUAAACUGUUCGUGA